CUUUUUCUGAAAAGUCCGAGGCCUGUACCGGGAACGAUUUACCUGCCCCAUGUGAUCUUGUUUUCAGAAAUGUCUGUUUAGAGUUAGAGGAGGAAUCGGAAACCUGGUCCCAAGCCAGGAGCCGCUGUGAAGAGCGAGGAGGGGAGCUCCUGAAGGUGAUGAACGGCCCGAUCAAACUUCUCCUGAAGAACAUCUCCAAAGAGAGAAACACCAGCAACUUCACUUGGUGGCUGGGGGAGGGGGUCCAAGGGGAACCAAGCAGAAACAAUGGUGAUCUUUCAGAGUACAACUGCACAUACAUGACGCUGACUCCUCUUCAGAUCAUCAUAACAUCUGACUGCAACCAGAGACGAAGCUUCAUCUGCACCUACAAUUUGCGGUCUUCGUCAUACACAGCGAAGACAAUCCAGUCCGGUCAUGCAAGCAGAUCUCGACCCAAGAGGAAUGUAAAUGCCAUGGGUUCAUCUGUCUCAAACAUUGAAACACUUCUCCUGGAAGCAGAUAAAGAACUACGGCGAAUGGAAACAACAGUUGGGGAGCCGACAGAUGACAACAGGGACAAAUUCAUCCAGUAUUUGUUGGCGGGCACGAAAGAGUCAUCUUUGCUAAACAAUGACACUAUCAGCCACAUCAUCAACUGCAGCACUGGCAUCCUCCUCCUCUCAAUGAAAAAAUGCGACAUCCAGACGAAUCCAAACCCCCCAGCUUUGUUUGAGCAGGUUUUUGAGAUCUUUCGGAUCAUCGCCAGUCGGACAGGUUCAGUAACCUCCCAGACAUUUGUCAUCAAGCACCGUAAAGGCACCAUCUAUCAGAGAAGUUACAAAUCCGCUGACCUCGGCAAUGCAGUGCUGGGUUCGGAGAAAGAUGGUGAGUUCGUCAAACUCCCCUCAUAUUCAGCACUUCGGGCUCAACUUAAAGGGCAAAGCACAAUCUACACUCAGAUGUCUAUGUUUUCAAUGAAUCCCCAUCCCUCUGAUGACAUCUCAGGAACUGUGUGCAGCAUUUUACUCAGCAAUGGAGAAUCAGACAUAAAGCUGGAAAACCUGACGGAGAUGAUAGAGAUCUUUAUGCCUCGUCCAGCUGCUUUAGCGCUGACGAAUAAUACUGUUGUGUUGGAGAAAAACACAAACGCACUGACCACAAUCAACGUCUCAGACCCUAAUGUGACUGUCAUCUUCAACGCAGAGCCCAGUGCCAAUUUGUCACUGGUUGUUACCCUGUCUCGCGGGUCACCUCGUAACUCUACAUACUCCAACAGCACGGCCGUCUUGAGCCCAACAGGAGGCUAUCGCUGGAUGAUAACCCCAGAGAUGUUACAGCAGACUCCUGGAGUCUGGUAUGUUGACACCAGACUCUUUAAUUCCACAUGGGAACCAGGCCUGACACUGACUUUCACUUCUUUUAUGAGCAAGUGUCUUUACUGGCACACAGGGAGGGAGACGUGGACCACAGAUGGCUGCCAGGUGGGAGAGAGAAGCACUCCAAGGCUUGCACACUGUCUCUGCAACCACCUCACUCUGUUUGGGAGCACCUUCUUUGUGAUGCCAAACUACGUGGACAUAUCUCGUACGGCAGAGUUGUUCUCCACCGUUUCUGAGAACUAUGUGGUGCUCGCCUUGCUGUGUGCUUUCUUUGGCCUCUACCUGGUCACGCUGCUGUGGGCCGGCUAUGCCGACCGCAGGUCACGCUCUAAGAGAAAGAUGACACUGCUGGAAGAGAACCACCCAGGUGCUCAGUACAACUACCUGAUCAGUGUCCAAACUGGCCAUCGCAAGAAUGCUGGGACGACUGCCAGAGUCACCGUGAAGCUGACUGGCACAGAAGGAGAGAGUGAGACACACACCCUCACAGAUCCCGACAAGCCGGUGUUAGAGAGAGGAGCUGUCGACAUGUUCCUAUUGGCCACUCCAUUCCCCCUGGGAGACGUGCGAAACCUCCGGCUGCAGCACGACAACUCUGGAGGUCGCCCAUCAUGGUAUAUAAGCAAGGUGACCAUACAAGACCUCCAAACACGACACGUGUGGCACUUCUUUUGUGACUGCUGGCUGAGUGCCGACCGGGGAGACGGCAUGACCAAGAAAACUUUUAACGCUGCGAAGAGCAACGAGAUCGCCAGCUUCAGGAAUAUUUUCCAGAGCAGAACAUCGACUGGCUUUAGGGACGAACACAUCUGGGUGUCCAUAGUGGAUCCUCCAUCACGCAGCCCGUUCACGCGUGCUCAGAGGGUCUCUUGCUGCAUGAGCCUGCUCCUCUGCACCAUGGCCAUCAAUAUUGCCUUCUGGAACAUCCCUAUAGAUGAGAGCUCACCAGUAAUUUUUACCUUAGGUUCAUUGCAAAUCACGUGGCAGGAGAUCAUGGUGGGCGUUCAGAGUGGUCUCCUCAUGUUCCCAAUCAACAUCCUCAUAAUUACCAUCUUCCGAAGCAUCCGACCGCGCAUCAUCUCAAAUUCUCAAAAAGACGACUCUGAGGAGAACCUGAGACCCCGUGCAAUUACCAUACCAACUAUUCUGAAGGAUACAGAGGAGGUGAUUUCUCUGGUGAGCAGAAGUCCGAGGAACAAGAUGUCAGAGAUGCCCAGGCUGGAGUCCACCACUGACCUCUGCUCAGCCUUGGACAGGGUGCAUGAAUUCCUCCAACUUAUGCAAGGGGAGAGUGAGAGUGACCCUCACUGGGUUUACUGCAGCAAGUUCCUCCUAGCUGGCCUCUGUCACCUCCUGAUGGACCUGGAGAGACUGGACGGAAAAAACUUCCAGAGUCCACAACUGUACCAGCAGGCGCUGAACAACACCAACGUGCUGGUCCGCAAGGCUGAGAUGGUCUUCACCAGUCACCUGGCCUACUGCCCGCCUCCCGCGAAGAGGAAGAAGAGGGGGACCGAUGGAUGCUGGCUGCCCUGGUGGUGCGUCUUCCUGGGAUGGUUCCUGUUGUUGUCCAUCAGCGCGGUGUCCACUUACUUCACCCUGCUGUACGGUUUUGAGUACGGCAAAGACAAGUCCACCAAGUGGGUCAUGUCUCUGGGCCUCUCCCUCUUCCAGAGCAUCUUCAUACUGCAGCCACUCAAGGUGAUUGGCAUCGCUGUCUUCUUCGCGCUGCUGCUGAAACCUGUGUCUGUGGAGGAGACUGAGGAAAUCGAGCAAGUGCUGUUACAGCAACAGGACAGGUGUACACGCUACUCUGGCAGGGACACACUGUGAGGAAGCUGCAUUUAGCCGCCGGAUAUGCCGUCUCAUCUCCGAUGACACUCUUUUGCACUUAUUGGAAGUUUGACUUUGUGAACACGAGAUUGCGUAACACAUUCUGGUGUUUUGCAUGUGUACAGAAUUUACCAAUGCCUGAGAAUGAUUUCUGAAAUGGUGAGUCACGGUAAAAUGUUGCUCUUGCAUGUCGAUGCGUCUUGCUUCUUCCUCGUCACUUACUGCCCGCGAUAAUGUAUGUGUACAUAAAAAAAAACCCAGCUUGCUUACUUAAACGGCUUUUGUUCAUUUGUGGACAACACUGUUCAUUCCCUGUCAAAAUACACAAGUCGUAGAAUCAAUUUACAGCUUCGAGCUGGUUAAGUUGUCAAAAACUGUAAAACCCUGUCAUGACCUAUUCAUAAAACCAGUGGAUUAGCAUUCAUGUUGAAUUAUUGAAUGUCAUUCAUUAUUUAGUUGAUUUUACUAAGGUUAUUUUGACAUUUCAUUGUUCUAUUAUUGUUCUAAAUGUUGUCUCGUCACCUCCUUCUCGUGGAAUUUUGUCUAUCCUCCCCUGAGAAACUGUUAAGACGAGUCUUCUCAGGCACCAAGCAAGGUCAACCUGUCUGUGGCAAGCCACAACAAUCAUCGAGCAGCUGAAGUCUCUCUCGAGGUGUCAUAGUCGCGGGGAGAUGACGACAUUACCCUGAACUAAAUACACUAUAGGAACAGGCAGAUUGUCUUGGGGCGCCAUACACUGACCCCCUUGUUGAUCUGCGUAAACGAACCAUAAAUCUCCUUGAUAUAUAUUGAACUCUUAUAAUAAAUACUUCUGCUUAAGACA